AUGCCCAACAUCGUCGUGAUCGGAGCAGGAGUCUCCGGCCUUACCUCCGCUCUCCUCCUCUCCAAGGAUCCCCAGAACAAAGUGGCGAUCAUCGCCAAACACCACCUAGGCGACUACUCCAUCGAAUAUGCCUCCCCGUGGGCCGGCGCAAACUUCACACCCAUGUCUUCCCGCGAAACCAGCCGCUGGGAGCGCCGGACCUGGCCGUACCUCAAAAAACUCGCCUCCGAGGUUCCCGAAGCUGGAAUCCAUUUUCAGAAGAACAGGAUCUACCGCCGGAGGAAAGACCUUAGCAGGCUGCAAGACGGCAGCGCAUCGAUGCUGAAUAACGUAUUCGCCGCGGAUCCACAUUAUAAGGAUUUCGUGGAGGACUUCCGGGCCUUGCAGGACGAUGAGCUGCCUGAGGGAAUAGCGUCAGGCUCGGAAUUCAGCUCGGUGUGUAUCAACACGAUGCUGUAUCUGCCCUGGCUGGUGGGACAGUGCAGACGGAAUGGCGUGAGCUUGCACCGUGGUACGAUUGCACACGCUGGUGAUGUGCGGAUUUUUCCGGGCACGAGGACGAAGGUCGAUGUAGUGAUCAAUACUACGGGUUUGGGUGCGAUGAAGUUAGGCGGUGUGACUGAUCAGACGAUGUUCCCCAUCAGAGGGCAGACGGUGGUGGUGGGAAACGUGGCGCCGUUCAUGCAAUGUCAUUCUGGAACUGACGAUGGCGAUGAAGAAGCGUGUUAUAUGAUGACAAGGGCGUCAGGUGGUGGGACAAUUCUCGGAGGGACGACUCAGGUCGGUAAUUGGGAAAGUCAGCCAGAUCCCAACAUUGCCAAUCGUAUCAUGAAGUGGGCUGUAGAAAUGAUGCCUGAGUUGACGGCUGGGAAGGGUGUCGAGGGUCUCGACAUCAUCCGUCAUGGUGUGGGCUUGCGUCCAGGCCGAGAAGGUGGCGUACGCUUGGAAAAAGAGAAGAUCGACGGCACAUUGGUGGUGCACAAUUAUGGGCACUCUGGUUGGGGCUAUCAGGGCUCCUAUGGCUGCGCUGAAGAGGUGGUAGCGCUCGUCAGUAGUAUAGCUCCAAGGGCCAAGCUGUAG